CUUUUCAAGUGUUUUUGAUCUUGAUUUCAUUCAUCGCUAAUAGUUCAGAGCUAUUGCAGGUGAACGGAAUGAGAACCAGUAGUGCACGGCAGAAGGCUGAAAGUAGCUUCAGUGAAGAGGAGGAAGAAAAACUUCAAAUAGCUUUUUCGUUGGAAAAGCAGGAUCUUCAUCUAGUGCUUGAAACUAUAUCAUUCAUUUUGGAACAGGCAGUCUAUCAUAAUUUGAAGCCUGCUUCAUUGCAACAACAGCUGCAAAGCAUUCACCUGGAUCAAGACAAAGCUGAAGCAUUUGCCAGUGCAUGGGCGGCUGCAGGUCAAGAUACGAUUGAGAAGUUCAGGCAGAGGGUUUUGACCCCUCAGAAGCUUGAAACAAUUGGAUGGCAGCUUAAUCUUCAAAUGGCAGAGACCAUGCAAGCAAAGCUGAAGUCUCCUCGAGCUGUACUAGAGCUGGGAGUGAGCAAUGAAGAUUCCAAGCUACAGAUUGGCCCUUUUGGGACGCGGCUCAAAUGCAAGAAUAAAACUGAAACUACUCAGAUGACAAUAUACAACAUUCCCUGA